CUGAGAUUAAAACAUUCGUUUUAUCAGAGAGUGUGUCACUAUUGACGCCCCAUUUCAGCUUUAAAGUUACUGAUUUUAGCAGUGUUGUUAAUAGACUAAACAACAAUGGAUAGGUUAUAGCCACCUUUGAAUAAGUUUGAUCAUUGUUGUCCAUUUUCCUUUUCCUCUCUUUCUUAUAAUUGUUCUUCUGUAUCCCUAAUAGACGUUAUUAUUACCCUCUCGGGACAAGCAAUAAAAGAAAGAUGCCAGUUCUUCAUUUAUCAAACCUUCGAGUCAAGUUUAAAGCGAGAAAUGAUAAACCUAUACAAAAAAUAUCCAAAAAAAGAAAGUCCAACAGAAGAAGUGCCUUUAAAAGACUUGGAGGAAAGGGAAAUAGCAAAAAAUAGUUUGCUAAAUGUAUACAAAGACGCAUCAGAAUUAUGGAAUCAAGCAAAUGACGAUACAAAUCCCAGUACAGUCAUUAUUCGCUUGCAAUUAUCUGAUGUUUGCACAAAGCUAUACAUUCCCGUGAUAUUGUCAUGGCGUCAAUAUGUGGAAGAAAAUAAGAAAAGAAUGUAUGAUCAGCUUUUCGUUGAUCAAAAGCUUCAAACAAAAAAGAAGGAAGUAAACACAGAACAACAGUAAUACCAACAAGCAAAGUGUACAAACAUGGUUACCACACCUCUUCAGGUUAUUCUCAAAGAUGAUAACGAAAAUGUAUUAAAUACUUUAAGAAAAGG